GUGUUAUUCUAUACCGUGCUUCUGAUAAUUCUUGUACACUUGAUCCUGUCGUUUCUCCACUUCUGGGACGUGUAUGGCUACGACUAUUGCCUUGGUCGCCUUCUGGCUCUGAGGCCAGCAUCAGCUGCGAAAUGGACAGUUUUUCAGCAGAGUUUGUCGUCAACCUAUCAACCGGAGAAUUACGAUCGUGGCCCAAUCUGGAGAUUUCGCCGACCCCAUCUGCUGGCCUACACUAACCAAUCCUUCAUCAGGCUGGCCGAGCCCGAGGUGCAGGUCGGAUGCGACCACCGAGUGGAACACUUUGAUUGGUUCUUCCGUAUCCUCCGGUUUGUCGACAGCCGCUCCCACUUGCAAUGA